AUGUUUGAGAACGCAGUUCUGUUUGGAAUUAAUCUGGUCUACUUCUUGGCUUUCGCAUCACUUUACGUUCAGCUGCCGGGUCUUAUCGGAGAUGAGGGCGUUGCUCCUGUUAGACUAUUGGAUCUAUCUGUACCAAAGACGCUUGAGGACUUCUUAAUGGGCAUCCCAUCUAUUAUAAGAUUUCAUAAUAGCUUUUAUCUAAGCGAGUAUCAUGCAGCUGAACUUUCCGUUCUUGCCGGACUCACGCUUUCAUUCCUUUCCAUGGCUAUACCUCAGUUACUUGGGACACUGUCACUCCUUUUUCAAUGGAUAUCAUUCUUUUCCAUUGUUAAGGUUUGUCCAGGUGUGGCCGAUUGGAAGUGGACAUCGCUUUUAAUUGAAGCUGGUUUCCUAUGUUUCUUACUAUCAAUUAAACUACGAAAAUAUUCGCGUUCUGCUUCCAUGAUCGUUGCCUGGUUGAUAAAGUGGCUUCUCUUUAGAGAGGCUGUCUCUACAGGAUUUGCUAGAUUAGCAAACGAUAACUAUUUCUGGUGGGACCUUUCUGCGAUGGAGCACUAUUUUUCCACGCAGAUCUCUCCAACACCAGCAGCUUAUUAUCUUAGUUUGGCCCCUAGUUUGGUCCUUCGUAUCAUCUCAUUGUUCUUCAUCGUUAUGGAAAUUUUCAUACCUUUUCUCUUCUUGAUUCCCGUACGCGAAUUGCAGAUAUUUUCCUUCUUUGCGAAGGUCAUGUUUCAUGCCGACUUGAUAGUCAUCGGUAACCACGGCAUCUACAAUCUCCUCUCCAUCGUUCUCAGCUUUGCUCUUCUGCCGGAGCCCAAAAGAUGCAAAGGAUCGCCGGUCUCUCACAGAUUCGUCUCAGUUGCAACGACAGUGGCCGUGCUUACAGUUCUCUUCUACGGCGUGUGGGUAUUUUUCGGUUUUCAGGAGGGUAUCGAGGCCAUGCGAAUAACGAUUCUACGCAAAGAAUUCAUUGAUCAGGCAAAGACGGUGAAUUAUUACACCGUUCUUAUUGUAUCUUCGUUCUUUGCUUUGAAUCUUCUCGCUGAAAUGUUUAGAUCUUUGUCUACGAGGGGCUGUAUGAACCGUAUGCUGGACUUCACCGGGGUAGCUCUUGUCGGUCUAAUGGGCGGUGGUCUUUUUGCAGCGUCGCUGGCGCCAUUCUCAAGUCUGGUGGAUUCUAGUAGCGUUGUGCCUCUGCCUAGUUUCGCACACGAACUUACUGCCGCGCUGAAGCCCUUCCAUCUCGCCAAUGACUACCGCUUCUUUCAUCAAAAGGAGAAGGAUGUGCUUUUGAAGGUAGACCGACAACGCACUGUACUGGUUCUGGAGGGUGCGAUGAACGAGAAUGGACCCUGGAAAGAACUCUCUUUCCACCAUGUACCAAGCACCCCUGAAAAGAUGCCUUCCAUCAUUCCCGGACAUUUGCCUGUGGUCGACUUUGAGGCGGCAUUGAGUGGCGAAAGGACCUUCGAGAACUCCCCAAUUGUCGCAACCCUUGUCUAUCGAAUUCUUACCAAGGAGAAGGAGGUUCUUGCACUUCUCGAACUCUCGGGGUUUCCUAUUGGCCCUAAAUUCGUGCAAAUCAGAAAAUACACCUAUGAAAUAAGCCGCCCCCUUAACGGGCCACGGUGGUGGAAACGCAAGUUGCAGAACAUCUACCUUCCACCUACUCAGGCCUCGACUCCACGUUUGACCCAGCUGAUGACCAAGAUUGGAAUUGUUGGCAAACGGCGAGGACGUCCGUUGGACGCCAACCUCGUAUCAUCACUGCUGGACAAGCUGCGAGCGAUGGUGGGUCAACCGGCCAAUCUGAACGGCUUCUACGUUGUCCUCGUGGUGGCUUUUUUGGUGAACAAAAUUUUCUAG